AUGGCUCAGAUGGCAAAGAGAAAGAAAAUGUCUACAAGACAGCGAAUGCUACAAGACAAAAUAAGAAAAAGAGAACAGAGGCAAAAGCCUGCAGGGAUUCUGCCUGAUGAAGUCUCAGCUUUGCUGCCACAACAGUCCACUGUUCCCUGUGGGACAGUGGAUGGAGCUGAUUCAGCUCCUCCCGGUAAUUUUCCGGGGCUUGGUUCGAUGGGGUUUCCACCUAAAGAGGAAAAACCCCUGGCCAGGGUGCAGGCCUCACCUCGAGUGAAAAUGCAUUCACCUGCCCCGAGGUUGUCACCUCCUCGGGGAAGUCGUCUGUUUGUCCAUGACGAGGGCAAGGCACCGUCCACUGACUCCCCACCGUGGGUUUGUGCUCCACAGAGGGCACCUGGAUCGGACAUAGUGCAUAUGUCUGAUCCAGCAGGACAGGCGCAGCUGGAUACCUCCAGGAUGGAGGAGACCAGUAGAAUAUCAAAAGAUGAAGGAACUUUAACGAAUUCUAAAAUAGAAACUGAACGAAUAUCAAAAGGAAACUUGAACGAAAAACCUGAUAUAAUAGAAAGUAUAAAAAGGGAAAGAGAUAUGUUGGAGACUGUAGAAAGUAUGAUGGAUUUCAGAGAUGAUACAGAGAUCAUAGAAAAUGUCAGAGAGUCAAAUGAUAAAACUGAUGAUAAGGAAGAAAUGAAGGAAACAAAUGAGAGUAAGGUAUUUCAAAAAGUGGGUGAGGAUAAAAAUUGUAAAAGUUGGGAUAUAAAAGAUGUAAAUGAACAACUUGAUCAGAGAGAAGGUUGUAGUGUGCAGGAUGAGGGAAAUGAUGAUUUAAAAGCAAGAAGUUUGUACAAUGUAUCUGUUCAGGGCUCUUUCCAUCAAGCAGAUCCUAUGUUUGGCGACACUGCAGGAACUCAAUGUGUGGCAAAUUGUUUAUCAGGUUUAGCUUAUAAUCUUCUGAAAAGUGCACAAAUAUGGCAAACAGCUGAUAUCAACAAAGUUUUAGUGAAUGGAGAUGAACUUUACACAUACCUGCAGAACUGUUCUUCAAUUACAAGUAGGUAUUUGUUAGUUGAUGAGUUACCACAGUAUUUUGAAUGCUUUAGCAACACAUUUGACUUUACUGUGAAGGUCUCGGUACCAAGUUUCAUCAGCUUAUCAGAGGAGGAGCCAUGUUAUGAAGAAUUUAAUGCUUAUCCUCUUUUUGAAGCUCUCCAGUUGGCACUUACUGAGACGCAUGGGUGUUUUGUGUGUUUUGGGGGAAAUACCCUUUUAAUAGGAAAAACUACUGAUGGCUUUUUCAUAUUUGAUUCACAUGCACGGUGCUCUCGUGGAUAUUUAAGUGUCAGAGGGAAAAGUACAAGAAUCUUGUUAAAGGAUGUUCAGGAUGUGUACUUGCAUCUUAGAUCUCUGGCUCUUUCUAUGGGCUUUUCAAGAACUGUUGAAUGUGAAUUAACUGGAGUUUUGUGUUCAUUGAAGCAUUUUGCUAUUGCAGAUGUUUAUGAGGUUGAAGGUUUUGAAGAACAGUCAGAAGCAAAUGUAGGUUUUACGCAAGGUGCUUCAAUGUUAAAGCAAUCAAUGGAUGAAGAAACUUGGAGAUAUUCAGGAGCAUUGAAAGAUUCAAAUCAGUAUGAGUUAUUGUCAGAACAGUCGGAUGUAUUGCAGACAUAUGAAGUAAUUUUAAUGGGUGAGGAAGUCAAACAACAUGAUUUUACUCCUUUGUCGGUACAGAAACAAAGGGAGUUGUGCAAAGAGUUGGGAUUUUCCUAUUCUGUUUCUAGAUGUGAAAAUGAUGCAGUGUCCAUAAAAGACAUGGAUAUACCAAGCAACUGUAAAGAAAUAGAAGGAGAUGGAAAUUGUUUUUUCAGGGCAAUAUCAUAUAGUCUUACAAACUCUGAGAACUAUCAUCAGCAUCUUCGAAAAGCUGUUUGUCAACACUUGUUGAAAUAUGAAAAAAAAUUUCAGCAGUUUAUGAGGUGUGAGGGGUCUUUAAGGUCAUACUUACUUUCCAGUAAAAUGUCAGAGGACGGUAUAUGGGCUACUGAAUUGGAGAUUCUUGCAAUGUCGCACAUGCUGAAUAUAGACAUUUAUACUUAUUCAGAUAUGAAAUGGAUUCAAUUCAGUGGAGAAGAACCAAAUCAUGAACCGGUUGAACAUGAUGAGGCUAUUUAUUUAUACCACAGACAGCAGAACCAUUAUGAUGUGGUUUUAAGUGUAGUUGCGAGGAUGUCGAAAAGCGAUUCAUUCAUCAGAAACGGUUCAAAGAGGAGAGAGUAUAACUUACGCAGGGGAAAUCGAGAUCGAAUGAAAGGAAAACGAAAUGCCUGUAAAAUGAAAAGACCAUUAAAGUCAAAAGAAACUCGCAGAGACACAUUUAGGAAAAAGUACAGGGAAAGUGAAGAGUUUCGGGGGAAAAUGUUGGCGCAAAAGAAAAACAUGUACUUAAAUGCAGAGUUUAAGUUAAAAACUCAGAUGAAGAACAAAGACAGGUAUCGUGCUUUAGAUUCAGAAUUACGAAAGGAAGUACAACGAGCAAGUAAGGAAAGAAAUAAACUGAAGUACUCGACUGACGCUGAACACAGAGAGGAGAAGAAGGGAAAAAGUUUAUAUAAGUACAAGUGUGAUGCUCAGUACAGAGAACAAGCGAAGGAACGGGGCAAAGAAAAGUACAGGACGGACACUGAACAUCAGGAAAAUGUCAAGAAAGCUAGUACUGAAAAGUACAAGACAAACUUGGAACACCAGGAAAAUGUAAAAAAGGCAAGUACUGCAAAGUACAACACAAACUUAGAACACCAAGAAAAUGUAAAAAAGGCAAGUACUGACAAGUACAGGACAGAUUUGGAACAUCGGGAAAAUGUAAAAAAGGCAAGUACUGAAAAGUACAAGACAAACUUAGAACACCAGGGAAAUGUGAAAAAGGCAAGUACUGACAAGUACAGGACAGAUUUAGAACAUCGGGAAAAAGUUAAGAGAAGAAGCAGAGAAAAGUACAAAACAGACCUGAUACACAAGUCGAGAGUAAAACAAGGAGUAUUAAAAAAAUACAAAGAGAAUGAAGCAUAUAGGAUAAAAAACAAAGCUGCCAAUGUUCUAAGAUACAGUACAAAUGAAACUUUUAAAGCAAUUGUGAAGGGAAGAGCAGCAAGGAGAUAUCAGACUGAUACGGAAGUCCAAUCAAAAGUGAAGAAACGUAGUAUGGAUGGAUAUCACUCAUCGGCAGAAACGAAAAGGAAGAAAAAAGAAAAGGUGUCACAAAAAAGGAGGCUAAAGCAACUGAAUUUGGAACAUGAAGAAGAAGUAAUCAGAUUGUUUAAGAAAAAUGCAAUGGAGGGACCUGAUUUUGUUUGUACGUGUUGCCAUAGGCUUUUGUUUAAAAGUCAAGUUCAAGCUUGUGAAAGGCAGAUGUACGAGAGAAGUGAAUCAGCAAGAACUAUUUCUAACGUAUGUUUAUUAGACAAGUAUUUACAUGAAUGUUCUUACUCAUGCCCAGAAGCCUGUACCAAAUCUUCAUUAUGGAUUUGUUAUACAUGUCAUAGGAAAAUAAUGAGUGGCAAAGCACCAGCUGAGGCAGCAGCCAACAGUAUGAUUCUGGAGGAUAUUCCACCCGAGUUGUCUAAAUUGAACAGUUUAGAACAGCAUUUGAUUGCAAUUCACAUACCGUUUAUGAAGGUCAUGGCUCUACCCCAUGGUGGGCAAAAAAAUGUUCAUGGACCUGUUAUUUGUGUGCCAUCAGAUAUGAAAAAGACUGCCAGUUUACCAAUGAAACAGGAUGAAAACUUGUUGUUACGUGUUAAAUUAAAAAGGAAAUUGAAUUACAAAGGCUAUUUUGAAUAUCAGUUUGUUAAUAUGAGCCAUGUCAUGACCGCUUUAUCAUACUUGAAAUUAAACAACCUUUGGUACAAGGAUGUAAGAAUUGAAACAGCUAUGGCAGAAGGUUUGGCGAAUCAUGAGGCGAUGACAGAUGUUGUAAUUGCAAAGGAUAACGAAGAAAUUGAAGAGGAAAUGGUUUCAUUUGACACAUGUUUACAGCCUGUUGAUGUUGCACAGGAAGUUUUAGACCACUACUUUGAUGAUGUGUACAAUAUUGCACCAAGUGAAGGGAAAAACCCUAUUCGAAUGUUACAGGAAACUGGCAAUGAAGCAAAGGCAUUUCCUUGUCUUUUUCCAAGUGGUAGUUUUUCCUGGAAUGAUGAAAGAUCAGAAAGAUUGACACUUUCUAGGUAUUUCAACAAUAGGUUAAUGAAUGCAGAUGACAGGUUUGCAAAAGAUACCAAUUACAUUUUCUUCAGCCAGUACAUGUCUGAAUUGAACCAAGUGAUUGAAAAAACACAAAUUUCACUUCGAAAAUCACUGUCAAAAUGUACAAGUAGGAAACCUGUAACAAUAAACAUGCUGCAAGAUCCAGCUGCUCUCUGUAGUUUGCUGCGAAAUGAUAAUGCAAUAAGAUUUAUGCAACCGAUAAGAGGAACACCGGCUUAUUGGGCAACAGCUCAAAAGGACCUCUUUGCAAUGCUGCGACAAUUAGGCAUCCCUACUUGGUUUUGUUCGUUUUCUGCAGCAGAGUACAGAUGGAAUGAUGCUGUUAAAGCUAUAUUACAACAGCAAAAUGAUAACAGAAAUCCUGAUGAAAUGGAAUGGUCAGAAAAAAAUGAAGUUCUAAGAUGCAAUCCAGUCACAGUGGCUAGGAUGUUUGACCAUAGAUUUCAAGUAUUUCACAAGGAAGUCAUACUUUCCCCAGCAGAACCAAUAGGAAAAGUAAUAGACUUUUUUCAAAGAGUAGAGUUUCAGCAGAGAGGAUCUCCUCAUAUGCACUGCUUAUACUGGGUUGAAAAUGCACCCAAUAUUGAUUCUGAUGGUGAAGAGGUUGUAUGUAGCUUCAUUGACAGGUAUGUGUCAUGUGCUAUACCAUCAGAGAGUGAUGACGCAGAAUUGAGGAAAAGUGUCUUAGAUGUGCAGCAACAUAGCAGGAAACAUUCAAAAUCUUGCAAAAAGAAGGGUACAGAGUGUAGGUUUAAUUUCCCGAGGCCUCCAUCUCAAAAGACAUUCAUCACAAGUACUCAGGACGAAGAGACCUCAAAUGAGUGUGAAACGGAGUCAAAAGUAAACAAGGAAUAUGCAAAGGAGAUAUUACUUAGUGUUUGGGAAAGGUUACAAAAUGAAGAUGAGAGAAUCAAAACAACAGAGGAAUUAUUUGAUAAUCUGUCACUUACGCAGGAACUGUAUGAAGAAGCCUAUAACAUGUUAUCGACAAAAAGGUCAAUUGUUCUCAAGCGAUGCCCACAUGAGGUAUGGACAAAUCAAUAUAACCGUUGUUUGCUGAAGUCCUGGGAUGCAAAUAUGGAUAUACAGUUUGUACUAGAUCCUUUCAGUUGUAUUGUUUAUAUUGUUUCCUAUAUAUCAAAAUCAGAGAGGGAAAUGGGUAUGUUACUCAAACAAACAAAGUUAGAAGCCGAGGAAGGAAAUCUCGACGCAAAACAGACUAUGAAGAAAAUUGGUUCUGCUUACUUACAUCACAGAGAAGUGAGUGCCCAGGAAGCCGUAUACAGAAUCUGUAACUUAAAAAUGAAAGAAUGCUCUCGAAAAGUUGUAUUUGUGCCUGUAGGGGACAACCCGAUGCGUUUAAGUAAGCCAUUAUCUGUUCUGAAGAAGAAAUCAUCAAAGGAUAUAGAAAUAAUUGAUGAGGAAGAAGAUGACGAGAAUGAAGUUUGGAUGACCAACAUUAUAGAACGUUAUUUGAACCGACCAGAAAAACCAAUUUUCCAUGAGAUGUGCCUUGCAGAAUUUUGUUCUGAGUUCAGAGUUCUUGCUAAAUCUCAGGUUCCUAAGAAGGAAAAUGAAAAUGUGUUUGAAUUACAAAAUGGGAAAGGAUUUGUUCAACGAAGAACUAGAACGCAACCUGCUGUUGUUAGAUAUCCAAGAUUCAAUGUUGAAAAAAUGUCGGAGAAAUACUAUCAGUCUCUUUUGCAACUUUUUCUUCCUUAUUGGACAGAGGCACAGUUGAAACCACCGGGAUUUGAUUUAUAUGAGGAUUUUUAUGAGACAGGCUUUGUAAAAAUUUCUGGCAGAAAAAUAAAGGAGUCGGUGAAGUCAAUUGUGGAUUUCAAUCAUUCACGUUAUGCAAAAAAUGAAAAUGUGAUUGACAAUGCGCAGGAAGCCUAUGAGAUGAUUGGUGAACCAGAGGAUGCGUGGUCAAGAAUAUGUCCAGAAACAGAGGUUCUCAGAAGGGAAGGUAUAGCCCAGAGGAAGGAAAGUUCAGUACCACAAGAGGAAAAUGUGGAUAUUAUACCGGAAAUCGAAAGCGAGACAUAUAAUGCAGAUGUCAUGUAUCAUAUUCAGCAAAAUGCAAUUACAAGAGAGGAAAUGUUACCUGUUCUACAAAGGUUGAAUGAAACACAGAGUGAAAUAUUUUACUUGGUGCGUGAGUGGUGUCUUUCAAAGAUUGGAGGAGAAAAAUGUGAACCCUUUCAUUUAUUUGUUACUGGGGGUGCAGGAACUGGAAAAAGUCAUUUGAUAAAAGCCAUCCAUUAUGAAGCAUCACGAUUACUUUCACAGAUAAUGUCUGAACCAGAUAGACUAUCAGUUCUUCUCGCAGCAUUUACUGGCACUGCGGCUUUCAACAUUGGUGGAAAUACACUUCAUCACUUGUUUUCAUUGACCAAGUAUCUUCCACUCCCGUAUGAACCUCUUGGAGAACAAAGUCUCAGUGAAUUAAGAGUAAAGAUUGGGGAUCUGCAAAUUCUAAUCAUUGAUGAGAUAUCAAUGGUUUACAAAAGGUUACUGUACUAUAUACACGAGAGACUGGUGCAAAUUAAGAAAUGCAAAGAACCGUUUGGAGGGAUAUGUGUUAUUGCUGUUGGGGACUUUUACCAACUUCCACCUGUAAAGCAGCGAAAAGAUGAAAGACUUUACAAAGAAAAUGUGAGUUAUCCUAUGGACUACUGGCUUGAUUUGUUUAAGGUCACUGAAUUAGAAGAGAUAAUGAGACAAAGAGAGGAUAUGUGCUUUGCUGAAGUUCUGAAUUCCCUUCGUGUCAGAGAGAAAAAUGAACCAUUAACACAAGAGCAACGUUCUCUGCUGGAAGACUGUAUCAGGGAAGGACCAGAAGAUGUUCUCCAUGUAUUUUCUACGAACGAAGAGGUUAACACAUUUAAUUUGUCAAUGUUAAAGAAAUCUUGUGAAGAUUUACUGGAAAUUGAUGCUGAAGAUUAUAAAAAAGACAAAACAACCGGGAAACUCAUGCUAAGAAACAAACCUUUGACAAGAUCGAAAAGCGAUGGACUUCCAAGCUCGUUGAUAUUGUCUGUCAAUGCCAGGGUAAUGCUCACAAGAAAUUGUAAUGUCGAGGAUGGGCUCGUGAAUGGAGUAAUGGGACAUAUCUGUCAGUUUGCUUUUGUAGAAAACAGCGAUAAAAUUGUCAAAGCUGUAGGAGUUGUGUUUGAUAAUAAGGAAGUUGGGAAGAAGUCCGGACAAAACACAAAGGAUGGUAACAUAGUGUUCAUAGAAAGAGUACAAGAAGAGAUGAAAGACAAGGUAACCACGGUGGUAAGACACCAAUUUCCAAUUAAGUUAUCAUGGGCAUGUACAGCUCAUAAGGUGCAAGGGAUGACAACAAACAACGUUGUUGUUAAUUUAGACAAAGUUUUUGCCCCAGGUCAGGCUUAUGUUGCAUUAUCAAGAGUUACUUCAAAAAAUGGACUCUUUAUUGAUACAGAAGACCCUGUUCAAUUGCAAAAAACUAUUUAUGCCGACCCAGAGGUAAAGGCAGCAUUGAACGAAAUGCUGAAAUAUACUUUUGUUGACUCUUCACGAACUUUACUUGCCAAUGGGAAGAAAAUAGUUCUGCAUAAUAUACAGAGCUUGAGCAAUCAUUUUGAAGACCUGAAAAACGAUGCAAGGAUUAGGCAAGCAAGCAUUAUUUGCUUGACAGAGACGUGGCUAAGAUCGGGAGAAAAAAUCGAGAAUUAUGAACUUCAGGGUUUUCAGUUUCAUCAUCUUCCUAGGGAGAAAGCAUAUGAAGAGAGCACAGUUUCAAACCAGAGUUUACGCAAUUUGUCAAGGGGUGGAGGAGUUGGAUUGUACUUGAAACAUGAGGAAGAUUAUAAUGAUGUUCUGCAACUGCCAAAGAUGAAUAUUGAAGGAAUAGCAGUGAAAAUACUGAAGGAGAAUGUUUUGUUGUUGGUUGUAUAUCGACCGUGUACGGCAAAAAUGAAACCGUUCCUUCACAAUCUUCAGAAUGUUCUUGACAAGUUGAAAACAAAUGAUCAAGACAGCAUCAUCAUAGGAGAUUUCAAUGAAGAUGCCAAAGCUAAUGGUCCGAUUCAAAGAUUUAUGAGAGAUCGAAACUUCAGACAGCUUGUGUCAUUUAGUACAACAGAGGGGGGAACAAUUUUAGAUCAUGUUUAUGUAUCUAGUUCGAUAAGGAUUGAUGUUCAGAAAGUUCCAACAUAUUACAGUUAUCACGAUGCUCUACUUCUGAAAUUCCUAGAUAUUUGA